AACGGACUCUAAACCAUCACCGGCCUCCCAAACUGCACUAUAUUUGCCCUCUCUCCCCUUUCCCUGGAACAUCAAGAACAAUGGGUUUCAAUCCAAGAAUCCAACUGGGUAUUCUCCUACUACUACUCUUAUCCCUAUACACUUCUGCCAACAACACAACAGUAUACGAAAUCCUCACAAAAUACAGCCUUCCGAAAGGGCUUUUACCAGACUCUGUAAAAUCCUAUUCUCUUUCCAAAGAUGGCAAUUUUGAAGUUGAACUAGAAAAGCCUUGUUAUGUAGAGUUUGAAUACUUAGUUUAUUAUGCUGAGAAGAUUAGUGGGAAGCUAAGUAUUGGGUCAAUUACUGACUUAGAAGGAAUCCAAGUUAAAAGAUUCUUUCUUUGGUUAAAUGUGAAUGAGAUCCGAGUGGAUUUGCCAUCAUCUGGUAGUAUUUACUUUCAUGUUGGGAUUAUUAACAAGAAGCUUGAUAUGAAUCAGUUUGAGACUGUUCAUAGUUGCCGUGACAAUGCUUUGGCCUUGUGUGGAGGUUCUCUGAGACAGGUUCUUCAGCUUCCGAACCCUGUCAAUGAUAUGCCAAUGCUUAUUACAGAGUAGAUGCGAUCUAGUACACAUCUCGAGCCAAAAGUUGCAGCAGCUGGACAUAUCAUUUGCUUGGUUUCUUUUGGAAUCAGGGUCAUUAAGUCUUCAUGUACUAGAUGUAUGAUCAAGUAAAUUAAGAUUCCACGAAUGUAUCGUGUUUAACGAGUUUUUCAAUUAUUUAGUUCUGAUGCAUAUUUCUUUCUCGCA